CACGCGACACUAGUUGAGAAUAAAAACAAAUGAACAAGUAGGAGCACAGUAUUGAGCCAUAGCCAUAGGAGAGAACUUAUCCAAUCCAAAGAAUGCUUAAUUAAGGCUUUAAUAUAGUAGCCAAUAAGCCAAGCCUGAAGCCGAUGAACAGCCAGUCAUCUGCAUUUUCCCAUAGAGAAAUAGCCCUAAAAACGACGGAGCAAUUGCAGAGAACUUCAAGCCGGAGCACAAUUCCCAUACUUGAAUCGGUCUCUCAUACAUGGCCAAACCGGACGCAACCGUCGAGAAUUCAUCGGAAGAAGAAGAAUCAAGAUGGGGAACCUGGGAAGAGCUCUUGUUAGCUUGCGCCGUCAAUCGUUACGGCACAAAGAGCUGGGAUUCCGUCGCCGUUGAACUCCAGAAACGGAGCACCGCCCCUGCGCGGUUGUUAUCGCCUCAUAAUUGUAGACUCAAAUACCUUGACCUCAAACGCCGUUACUCAAACGAAUGUAACGGUAAUGGUAACGUUAAUGAUGACGAUGAAGAUAAGGAGAAAACCGUUUGUGUUCCUUUGCUUGAGGAGUUACGGAAGCUUCGAGUCGCUGAACUCAGACGCGAAGUUGAACGAUACGAUCUAUCCAUCGUGUCUUUGCAAUUGAAGAAACAACGACUCGAGGAAGAGAGAGAGCGGAGUAUGCAACAGACUGAAAACGGAGAUUCGAAGUCAGAUCUGGCGAAGAACGAACGGAGAGGAGCAAAUAACGAAAAUUUUGAAGAAACUGAGAUCGGAAUUAAGCCGGAGGAUAAGUCCUCGCCGGAAUUAGUAGUCACCGAGGAAGUAUCGGAAGAAGCUUCCGAUAAGGAUCAACAAUCAGUAAGCGAAUCGAGUUCUACGGACCUGAAACACAGCUGCAGCUUAAAAAGUAGCGCAGAGGAGAACGAGGAUAAGACGAAGCCGGUUCGAACCGUAACCGUAAAGACAGAACCGCUCCAAACCGGAAGCAUAAAGGAAGAACCAGAUAAAUGUGCCGAAGAAAGACCGGUUCGUGAAGACUCAUGUAAUGGCAGCUCGGACAGUGUAGAAAAACCGCCGGUCGGUGUGACAAUGAAAGUCGAACCGGUGAGCGAGUCUCCGGAGUUGGUUGAAUCAAUGGCCGAGUCAAAAGGAGGAGAGGAAGUGACGAAAGAAAACUCAGACGUGCAGAGCUCAGUGAGCAAAUCGAGGAAGAAGGUAGACGAUAUUGUGGUCGGCGGGUGUAGCAGCGGAGAUGAACGUGAGAAGGAGAAUAGAUCUCCCGCCGUUAAAGAAAUACCCGUUGAAUCUCAGCCGUUGAUUGCCUUCCUCGAGAAGAUUAGAAGUCAUAAGCUCGGCUCAAUGUUUGAGCGUCGGCUCGAAAGCCAGGAAGCUGAAAACUAUAGCAACUUAGUUAGGCAGCACAUCGAUCUGGAAAUGGUUCAGAGUUGGCUUGAAAAUGGCCGUUACUUGAGUUGCAAAUCCAAAUUCUUUCGUGAUUUGUUGCUGCUUGUCAGCAACGCCAUUGUUUUCUUCAAGAAGAAUUCCUCAGAGUUUGUUGCUGCUACAGAGCUUCGGCAGCUUAUUCUAAAAGAGAUCUCCCAGACAAAAGCCAAGUCAUAUUCUUUAUCCGGUAAACAAACCUCACUAAAAUCAGCAUCCUUGUCUCAGAAAGAGAUAACAAAACCAUCCGACUCUUUGCUAUUGAAGACUAAUAUAUCGGGGUCAAUGAUUGUCUGUCGCAAGCGUAGUUCCAUAAAAGCCAAAGCAUCAGCAUCAUCAUCUGGAGGUGAUAAAAAGAGGGAGCAAAGUAUAACACGACCUGUGGAAAAAGUAGUUGUAGACACGUUGCAGCAGCCUAGUCAACUGGCCAGUAAUGCUGGCGAAAAUAGAAUCACAAAGAAGAGAACACGAGAUAGAUUUGCUUCAGGUUCUGCAAGCUUGAAUAAAAACGACAAGGGCCGUCCUAACACUGCAUCCAUAAAAAAUUUAGCAGCGGUCGUCGAUAAAAACCAAGGAGAAGGGGAGUCUUCUUCCCAGCAUCCGCAAUCUAAAAGUGAAAGCAGAAACGAGCAGUCCAACACGGAUGUGAAGAAACGGAGUGUUGCUACUUUCCUGAAUCGAAUGAAGCAAAGUUCAUCCUCAAACAGCGGUUUGUUGCUGGAUGCGUUGAAGAGUAGGCCACUUAGCUCUGCUAGCAAAGGCGGAUCGGAGCAUAAGAAAAAUGAAAGUGGAACAGGUGGCGGGAGAAAAGAACCAGCAUCUUUAAAGACCCAUCAAAAGAAAGAACCAACAUUUUCAAAGAACCCUGAAGCAAAGCAAGCAAAGGAAAAAGGCAGUCCAAUGAAAAAGAAUAUUGGGAGGCCACCAAAGAGAGGAGCUGAUCCAUCUCCCCCGUCUAGUAAACGGAGCAGGGAAGGAGCGGAAUCUGCAGCAAUCCCCACAAAACAACCCAAGAAAAGGUCAAGGAGGUGAUGACACUGUAUAUUGUAUGUAUGAGUUAAGUUGUUUCUGUGUCCAUUAUUUUCCUUUUUUCAUCAUGACGCACCUCCUCCUUUCAAUUGCUCCCUGCCCCCCGGGCAAAAGCUGCCUGGGGCUGGAAAUGGGGGAUUUGAAGAAAAGAGGAAAGACAGUUAUAGGGUUCUUUAAAGUAGUUCCUGUUCUGCUUUUGUUGAAGCAUUUUCGAGUUGUAGAAAUAUGUUCACUUUUUACCAAAUGAGAAUACUUUAUUCUUCCUUCUGACGUUUUAUUUUAAAUAUUAUGCGCAGUAUGGUUGACCUCGAAUUAAGCUUGGCCCACAGCUUUCCUUUCGUUUUCCUUUCUUUUGCUGGAAAGAUCCAACAGUUUGAACUUCAAAAUCUGGAAAUUCAAGGAUAUUGAGUACGGAGCUUAAAUGUUGAACAGAAAUUGUUAUUAUGAAUGACCUUUGUUGUGCUAGAUAGAAUAAAGGGGUGAAGGAUGGAGUUGGUCGUGACUCAGUUGCAUCAUUUAAAUAUUUGGCUCUGUAGUUGAAAACUAUGUUGCUCAGACUCUCCGAAAAUGUCAGUGGGUGCGUGUCGGAUCUUUCAAAAAUAGUGCAUUUUCGGAGGACUCGACACGGGUCCGACGCUAUUUUGGAGAGUCCGCGCAACAUAUGUUGAAAAUAUCGUAAACUCUUUCCUAAACUUAAAUUUUAUCCUUUAUAUAACCUUGUGAACAAAAACAUGCCCAAACCGUAACAAAAUCAGUAGAAUCCAUCCUACAGCUGCUCCAAGUUUAAAAAACUAACGGUUCUCUAACCGUACAUCACUGCACGUUAUUUCCCCAUCUCUUUUUUCCAAAUUCCUGCUUGCUACUUCAAAAAUUGCUCAAACCUCAUUGCAGUGCCAAAGGAAGUGAUAAGAACUAAUUCAGGUUACUGCUUUUGGCAUCGAUACUGAAACGUAGAAGUCUCCUCUCAAACUCAUAUUACAACUUGAAACAUCCAUUGCAACCUAUGAACCAAUUUGUCUCACUACCCUCAAUACCGAAGCAAUUGAAAAGAUUAGGGUUUUAUUGGUCCUAUACUCCUAUUCCGUUCUGUCAAAUCUUUUGGUGUUUUUCAAACUAAAGGGAUCUCCAUUUUUUUGAUGAAGUAAGGUGUUAUAUUGCUGGCAUCAAGAAGAUGCAAAUCAUUACAAAAGAGGUUGGUUAGCUCCAUUUACACAAAAAUACAGUUCUGACCAGGGAGCUAACCAGAAGGGCCAAAAGCCUAAAGUUGGCAAUCAAACAAAAGACAGAGAGCUAAUAAAAUCUAGAAAUGGAAUAAAUCAUUUACAGAGGAAAGGUUGCUCCAGCUAUAUAGAUUCCUAAGGCACUUUGCUUUCAGAUAGCUGUUGGGAGUUGAUAUUCCAUCAAAGCAUCUGCUAUUCCUUUCUGCCCAAAUACACCAAAUUAUACAUGCUGGGAUCAUCUGCCAGAUCUUCUUGAUGGUUCUACCGACUUUCCACUGACUCCAACUGUCAACUGCUUCUUUUAUGCCUUGUGGAAUUGUCCAACUCAUGCCAAAAAUUGAAAGGAACAUGUGCCACAAAUCUGCAGCCACUCUGCAGUGCAAUAGCAAAUGGUUUAUAGAUUCUGAGUUGUCUAAACACAUGUAACAUCUAUUCACCAGCUGGAAAUUCCUUCUACAUAAGUUGUCUUGAGUUAAAAUAGCACCUUUAAGAGCUAUCCAGGUGAAGCACAUGACCUUUGUGGGGAGUUUUGUCUUCCAUAUGAGCUUCCAUCGCCAAAUACUGGUUUGAAGCAAAAGAAGCAAAAGCAAGAUGCUGGCUCGAAGUUUUAGUGCCGGAAGCUAUUCAAGAAAAGAAAGCUCUCUUACUUGUUUAAUGGGUUACUGCUGAUAUUUGUAAUGUAGUAUUGCAUCUUUUUAGUAAUGAAGCUCUAUUUCUGGUUUA